CUAUUGGUAAAAACACACGUUGCGUUUCAUUUUCAAAUGAGCGUUGUGGUAUGCAUACAGAGUGGCAGGUUUUGAAAUAGCGAAGGCUUUUUCAUUCAGUAACCUAGGGUUCCUCUGCAUCCUCAUCAAUGGCGGAGCCAUCUCCUCAUUUUGUCUCCGACGAGAUUACAAUGGAGAAAGAGGAGGAGGAAGAGAAAGAGGAGGUGGAGGAUGAGGAGGAGCAGGAGCAGGAUAGGGAGGCGAAAAUAGGGCAAGUUAACAGACUCAUCCAGCGAUUAUCCCGCGAGAAAGUCCCAAUACGUGUUCACGACAUUAAGAUAAAAGGUAACACAAAGACGAAAGAUUGUGUGUUGGAAGGCGAGCUGGAGGAACUAAGGAACGCAGGGACGAUGCAGGAGCUGGUGCAGGCGGCCACGCGUGCCAAUGCCCGCCUCCACAGGCUGGGAAUCUUCCAAUCCGCCACCAUCACCCUCGACGCUGGACCCCCUGAUCUUCCCGACACCGCCAAUGUCAUCGUGGAGGUUGAAGAAGACACCAGCCCUUUCACUGGUGACAUCGGCGUUUUCACUAAACCCCAGGCACAGACUUGGACAGUCGAGGGAUCAUUGAAAUCAAAAAACUGGCUUGGAUAUGGAGAAACUUGGGAUGGUACAGGGUCCUAUGGAUGGGACAAGACAUCAGAAAUGAGUGUUGGAUUAUCUUAUCCUAGAUUUAAGGGUUUGCCAGCCGCUCUAAUGACUCGAUUAUCCCUACUUACAGAAGACUGGGUGAAGUAUUCAUCUUACAAAGAGGGACUAUUUGGAGUCUCUGUUGGAUUGGUUUCAGAUGAACAUCAUGAUUUGACUUACAAUCUCACUUGGCGUUCCUUAAUGGAUCCUUCUCAUCAAGCCUCUAGGUCAAUACGGAGGCAACUGGGUCAUGCUUUGCUUUCUUCAAUAAAGUACACCUACAAAAUUGAUGAAAGAGAUUCUCCUGUGAGGCCAACUCGUGGUUUCGCAUUUGCUUCUACAUCACAAAUCGCUGGCAUUGGUCCAGAUAGCCGACUUUUACGGUUUGUACGUCAGGAGCUUGAUUUUCGUUAUGCCAUUCCUUUGGGAUUUUACAAUACAGCUCUGAAUAUCGGACUCUCUGCGGGGAUUAUAUUACCAUGGGGGAAAGGAUUUAAGAACCUACCAACACCUGUUUCUGAUAGAUUUUUCAUGGGGGGUCAUUCUUCUCCAGUGUGCAGUUUAAGGGGUCCCACAAGCCUGUUGGGAUUUAGAUCUAGAGGUGUCGGUCCAACUGAUGUGAGGAGACUCUUUUCCGAUACAUCUAUGACAAAUGAUACGUCUGGAUCUUCUGGAAGGGACACACUGGGAGGGGAUCUUGCUGUCACUAGUUUUGCAGACCUCUCAUUUGAUCUCCCUCUGAAAAUAUUUAGGGAUGCAGGCAUUCAUGGACACUGCUUUGUUUGUGCUGGGAAUCUUACAAAAUUAACAGGUGACUUGCACCGGUCAUUGUCACUUCGAGAGUUUGGUAGUUCUUUCCGCUAUUCUGCAGGAGCUGGUAUCAUUCUUCCAACUAAAUUGUUUCGUAUUGAGGUCAAUUACUGUCAGAUUCUACGACAGUUUGAUCACGAUCGAGCAAAACAGGGCAUACAGUUAAGCUUUUCCUCUCCAUCUUGAAGGAAAAAGCAUCCUCCUAGACUGGAUACAUUCGACAAACCAAUCUUGCCUUUCACAUUGCCAUGUUCAGAUCGGUUGGUCAAGAUAGGAAGUCCACAAAGUGUAAUGCUUUCAAGUACAAACUUUGGUGAAUUUGUUUUGUUGUCUUCUGAUGUCUACCAGCUCAGUUCAACGCCAAUUCAACACUAACUUGACACUCUAAAGCUUAUAUAUGCCUCAUUCUUCAAAAGAAUAUUUGAGCAUUUUUUGGCAAUGUUAAAUUUUUUCAACGGUAUUAAACAAUUUUCAUUGAGAAUCUUUGGGAUGGUUGGCUCAACGAACAUUUCUUGUCAUGUCAAUUCAUUUGUUGUGAAGUAUAGGUAUGCCACUGUUAUUGGCAGGCUUUCCUUGAAAGUUCAUUGCAAAAUACUAAAUAGCUAUCCCACAGUUAUUGGCUGGCAUUCCUUCAGUAUCCAAAUAAAAGCAUAAACUAUUGGCGGGUUUGCCUUCAAAUUUUA